CACACCCAGCUCACUUCUCAUUUCCCAGCUGUGCUAUGUGACUCCUAUGACACAGCUGCCUUGCUGAUCAACUAUGGAGCAGAUGUCAAUCUGCGUUGUGCCAACGAGAGGACAGCUCUCCAUGAAGCAGCCAAACUGGGCAGAGAGGACAUGGUGAAGCUUCUGCUUGUUUCUGGGGCACACCCUGACCCAUGGAGCAUGUAUGGAUUCACUCCUCUUGCUCUUGCUGCCCAAAGUGGACACACUGAAAUCAUGGAAAUGUUACUGCGGAAAGAAGCUAAUGCUCAUGGUCAGGCCUCUGAUUGUUCUUCCAUCUUACUUGAAGCAAGUGGAGGAAAUCCAGAUGCUGUGGUUCUCUUACUGGAGUAUGGAACUGAUGCCAACAUCCCUAAGAAUUCAGGCCACCUGCCCAUCCAUGUGGCAGCUCACAGGGGCCACUUACUAGCUCUAAAGAUUCCAGUUACAGAUCUCGCUGCCAUGAAGCAAAAAAGUGGCAUCAGUCCAGUUCACUGCGCAGCAGCAGGAGCACAUGCUCAGUGCCUGGAGCUCCUAAUCCAAGCUGGAUUUGAUGUGAACGUCAUGUUGUAUCGGAGAAUUCGCAAACACUACGAUGACCACAGGAAGUCAGCUUUGUAAUAUGCUGUAUCAAACAGUGACCUCUCUUCAGUCAAGCUGCUUCUGGGUGCUGGAGCUCUGCCUAAUCAAGACCCGGUUAACUGCCUCCAGAUAGCCCUCAGGAUGGGCAACUACGAGCUGAUCAGUCUGCUGCUAAGGCAUGGGGCCAAUGUCCAUUACUUCUGCAGAGUUAACCCUUUACAUUUCCCAUCGGCACUGCAAUACAUACUGAAAGAUGAAGUCAUGCUCAGGAUGCUGCUGAACUACGGAUAUGACACAGUAUGUUUUGAUUGCCUUCAUGGGGACAAAGUCCAUCCUUCCUAUACUUCUGAAGGCUGGACGUCUACAGUUAUCAAAGAUACUAAGUUCUGUGAAAUAAUAACUUUGUCAUGGCUGCAACAUCCCUCUGGAAAGGUUGUUCGAGUGAUGCUUGAUUAUGUUGAUCAAGUUCGGAUCUGUUCAAAGUUGAAAGCUGUGCUCCAAAAACAGGGGAUCUGGUCAGAAAUACAUUUUAUCUUUUUUUUUUUUUUGAGACGGACAAACCCUCGCUCCCUAAAACAUUGUCGCCUAAAGAUCCGGAAGUGCAUGGGACGUUUACAUUUGUGCUGCCCUGUCUUCGUGUCAUUUCUUCCAUUACCCAAUCGUCUAAAAGCAUAUGUCCUUUACGAAGAAUACGACCUUUAUGGACAAGGAAUUUUUACAGGAACCUGGUAAUCAAACCAUUCUAAUGGAAAAGGUAUAAUUCUGCAGCUGUAUUCCUUAAAAUUUGACUUAUGUAUGAUUCAUAUUUUUUGCUUCAUACUUAUGUAUGAUUCAUAUUUUUUUACCCGCCAACUAAAAUCUCAAUGCAGUCUAAGUCUUUUAAAAAGUACUUCUGCUGGCAUUUCUCCCCAUGCUAUCUCUAGGUGAAGGGGAGGAAGGCAGCAAAUCACACUGCCACAAUCUUGCAUGUUCAUUACAUGUACC